UCGCAGUGGGCGUGGCCUCGGAGUCCUACAGCUGCGCUGACAAACUGAUCCGCUACGAUGCUUCGCGUCACCGCCGCCUCACUGUGCACGUCCUGCCAGAGGAUGAGGAUGCUCCUUCCUCCCUCCGCCUCCGCCUGUACGGUGCCGUCUCCCAACAAAAGGCUGGAAAACCAGCGCACGGUCGACUCCCUGUACGAACUCUCCGUGGACAUCAGGAAGGUGCGCAAGUUCAAGAGCUGGGUUUUGUCCGAGAGCUCCGCCUACGUGUCCGAGACCGCCGACAUGCUGAGGGACAUGGGUGCGGACGGGUCGAUCAUCGCCCGCAUCCUCGAGGACCACCCCGAGGCCGUCCUGUGUCGGCCGGAGGACGUGGCCGCCCAGCUGGACCUCUGGGAGUCCGUGUGCUCCAGCAAGCGUGCGCUGCUGGGAAUCAUCGAGAAGUUCCCGGCCUCCUUCUUCACGGUCACCCACCACAACAACCAGCGGGCCAACAUCCUCUACCUCCAGAGCCUUCGCCUCAGCAGGAGGAUCAUCAGCAAGCUGAUGGCCAGCGCCCCGCAGAGCUUCAGCCGGCCCGUGGAGCUCAACCAGGAGGUGAUCCACACGCUGCGGGAGACCUACCUGGACCUGGGCGGCGACGAGGGGAACCUGCGCGUCUGGCUGCAGAAGCUGCUCAGCCAGAACCCGUACAUCCUGCUGCGUCCGGCCGAGGCUUGGAGGGACAGCCUGGCGUUCCUGCGGGAGCAGGGCUUCAGCACCGAGGAGCUGCUCAGCCUGGUGUGCAGCCUGCGCGCCUCCAUCGCAGAGCUGAGGCCCGAGGCCAUGCAGCAGGCGCUGAACUACACCGAGGCCGUGCUCGCCUGCUCCAGAGCCGAGCUCAAGCAGGUGCUGAUCCGCUGCCCGGCCAUUCUGUACUACUCCCUGCCGACGCUGGCGGGGCGCUUCCAGGGGCUGAUGGACGCGGGCGCCAGCGUGGAGCAGGUGAAGGAGUCUCCCAACGUGAUGGAGCUCACCACACAGAUCGUGCUCUACCGCAUCCAGAAGCUGGCCUCCUACGGCUACGACGUGCGCUCCGGCAGCCUGGACGUCAUCGUGGGAACUAAGAAGGACUUUGAGAUGAGCCAAGCCAGGCUGAACCUCAGGCAGCAGAGGCCGAUCUUCAACCCUGUGGCGCCACUCAGAUCUGCCGAGGAGUGACCGCUGGAGCCUCAGGCGGCCGACAAGCUACCGGAGAAACCUGAGGUUCAUGGUGAUGGAACAGAAACUGUCCUGAUCACAAUCUUGCACCACAUGGAGCUCUAAACCAGUGUCACCAGUAGGGUCUCAGGAAGUCGGUGCAUCAAAGCUGAUACCGCCAUAGAGACAUUUCAUGCUGGUCUUAUCCUUAAUUUGUCUCCUGUCUUUCGAUAAGGUGCAAAAUGCUAUGAAACGGUGAAGUUAGUCACAACUUUAGCUUUGUGCAAAACACAAACAAAAGGAGGUGGUUUGAGGAGCAGAGCAUCACUGCACAACCUCAGUUACGCUUGUGGCCUUCGUUAUAAUCCUUCUAUACAACAUUCUCAGACAUCUGAGGAUGCCUCUGCACAAAAAAAAGAGAAACUAACGGUUUUCAAACCUUACUUAGUGUUUAGGUGACUGUAUCCAGGGACAUAUGUCCAGAGUAUACGGUUCUGCCAAAUACUGAUGUAAUGCAAGUAUUUUAAGGAAAACACUGCUGAGUGCCAUUUGCUGCUUAUGAAUAUUCUUUCACAUUUAACUUGUAACUAACAAAAAUGACUGUUGAAACUGUACAAUGCAGGUGAGCAAUAAAUGU